UCCGGUAAAAAGUUUGCUGCCAACGUGAACGUUGGGCCGGUGAUGAGUACAUCUGCAGCUGACCAAAUUACCAGUCAAAAUGUGGUUCAUGUACAUAAUCAGUUGGAUAGCCCUGCUACUGCAGAUUAUCAUCAUAACUCUCUCAAUAGCUGCAGGUCUUUACUACCUGGCUGAGUUGGUGGAAGAAUACACAGUGCUGACAGCCAAAAUCAUCAAAUACAUGAUAUUUGGGACGUCAGCAGUCUUUGUGGGCUUGUUAAUUUUAGAGGAUUUUUCGCUGAUGAUGAUAGUGGCCGGACUUUUGGGAAAUGUGGCAUUUUUCUUGGUCCUAAAGACCUUUCCCUACUUUGUCAUUAGUUCUCCACCUUUUAUUGGCUCUGUAGUUUUUUGUGUCAUCAAUCACUACCUUGCCUUCCAGUACUUUUCAACGAUUUGGUACCCAUUUACGGAUGUGCUGUCAUAUUUCACACUCUGUCUGUGGCUGGUGCCGUUUACGUUUUUCGUGUCGUUGUCUGCCAAUGAGAACGUCUUGCCUACAAUGACAGAAGCACGACCCCAAGGUCAAGACCCUUCAGACGUCGUAUCGAACUAUUUCAAGGCUAAGGGAAAGAAAUACGGACUGCUUUCGUUCUUGAAAUCUGCACAGGAAAGCAUGUUACCAGAUCGUGUACGAAAAAAUUACUGAUGAAACGAACAAACAAGAAACUGUGACAAAACUAUGUUGACAUCAUCGUAUAAUUUUUGUAUGUAAUUUUUACUGACAAAGGAGGUUCCAUCUUUUUUCGGAUUGGAGUUUACGUCUGUAUUAUACUGGAAACCUUCUUGGUUGAAGUUGUUUUUUUUCUUGCUUUAAUUUUAAAUGUUUAUCUUUAGCAUCUGACUUAGUUAUUCAUUGGAAACUUUAGAACAUUGGAAGGUACAAAGAAAAUGUCUAUAACAGCAGAGCCAUUUCAUUUGAAAGUAGAACAAAUUUGAUGAGUUGAAAUUUAGACACAGAAUGCUUUCAAUAGUCAAAAACACUUUUUUAAUUUCUUUCAGAACUCAGAAGAAAUGUACAGGGUUUAUGUUACAAAUUGUUCACCAAAUCUUCAACAAAACAGAAGCACAAUGCAGUAUACCUGUAGAUAUUUGAUUUGUAAUCAAUAAUAAUAACCAAUUAACUAAUUAGUCAAUGAGGAAAAGAUGUUUGUUUCAUCUUCAUUAGUGUUUUUCUAUGUGUGUGUAGUUUUAAAUAAGGAAUACUGUUACCCUGUGCAUGUACUUCAGCAAACCAAUUCAAUGUAUAACAAUAAAUAGUACGACUGUACAUUAUUUUCUAUUAGGGUGACAAGGCAUACAGGUAACAAAAGUUUUGAAAUUACAUUUAAUAUACAAUAAAUAUAUUUUGUUGGUAUUAUAAAAGAAAUCUUCACCUGUGCACGAAGUAGUCUUAUAAACAUGUCAUGUCCAUUGUAACAAUCUGUAAAUGUAUGAAGUUAUUUAAGAAAUAUGUACUGAUUGAAGUACUUCGGAGCUAUGUAAUAUAAAUAUUUAUCAUAUGAACGGGUUA